GCGGUCACUAAACACGAAACACUCUAUCGUACAAUUGAGGAUCGUGUUGCAGAUGUUGAAGAGGGCAAACGCAACGCCGAAAUCAAGCUCAUUAAAGCCAAGGAACUGGUAAGUUCACAAGGUGAACAACUGAAACAAUACGAAGAGGAGCGACGUACGAUGAAGUCGAAAAUUAUGAUGUUUGAGAUGGAGGCACGCGGAAAAGAUGCUAAGAUUCGACAUCUCAGUGACUUGAUCAAGACUCUAAAGACUGAUCUGGAGAAUGCGCGCAGUGAAGUGCAUAACCUUCGCGAUCGGGAGGAUCGCUACGAGAUGACCAAGGUUCAUGUGGAAAAACAAGUGACUUCGGACGAUUCCGAAGCUCGUCUGAGACAAAUGAUGACUUCGUUCGAGAAUGAGCGUCAGACAAUAUUUCAAGUGAAUGCAAUAGGUCGAGAAUCUACAGCCAAUGUGCUACGAAUUCCGGUGAUUCUGAGUGGUUAUUGCCUCAUAAACCAUGUGAAAACAUUUCAGGGAUUCAACGAAACCGUCCGAAAGCUCACCUCACAGCUCAGCAGUCUUCAGACGAAGAACAGCGAUCUAAAGGACGAUGUUGAUAAGCUGAAACGUGAUCUGUCGGAUGCGGAAAAGACCGAAGCUGAGCUGAGGAGAAACUUCGACGAGAAGAGCCGUGUGGCCAUCGAAGUUCAACAUUUGAAAGAUCAAGUCAGUGCAAAAAAUCGUCUGAUUCCGUUUUUCCGUUGUGAACACUGCUUUUGA